AUGGACGUCAGAAACUGGUGUUGCUCCGGUGCUAGAGCCAUCCAACUGGGCUGCAACGCCAACUACGAUGAGCUGGAAGCCGUGAACGGACCAACCACAACCACGGGAUUGAAAAACCAGAUGUGGAAAUUGCUAUGGAAGAAGCUCUUGAAAGAUCAGAAAAGGAAGCAUGGUCAAGCUCAAUUCUCGUAUGAUGAGCACAAUUAUUCUCAGAAUUUUGACCAAGGCUUGACUUGGGUGGUACCGGAGAAUCUCUCCCGAUCCUUCUCCGUUCGCUUUUCCGAUCCGUCCAGCAAGUUUUCGAAGAAAACGGUGGUGUAA